UUUUCAAUUCCUAUAUUAUAAUACUAAUCAUAGUUUCUACAACAUGUAAAAGGUAAUUUGUAUGAUGAGGAGAAUGUAUGUAUACAAUACAUGUAUUUAUAUAGGUUACAGUUAUGUGUAGUUAUGUUUUUUGGUAGCUUAACUUUAGUGGUAAUUAUCCUCCAUUAACAUUUUUUUUAUGGUCUUCUCUUAUCCAGCAAAUUCCAAAAGCAUUUUGGGUGAAAUAUUGUGACUUUUUAUCGAGUCAAGUAAAGCCUCCAUGUGGAUCAAGAGGGGAGAUAGGAUUGAUGAAAAGUAGUGAUGGAAAGGAGCAUAAUGUUGAUAUUGAUGAUUCUAAUGAAGAUCCAGACUUUUCAUGGUUUUCUAAAACCAGAGACAAGUCUCCAUUACCUUGUUCUCGGCCCCACAAGAAAAGGAAAACUAGUCCUUAUGGUAAAUCUGAAGUGAAGUUUGAUUUGUCAGAUAACAUAAGUGGAGAAUCUUCCCUACCAAGAUGGAAGGAACCUCAAAAUAUUGUAAGGAAGCAAAUGUUUACUGGAAAAGAAAAGGCUGAAGCUCUUACGAGAGAUAAAGGUUUUAAGUCUGAUGAUCCAUUUUUCAUUGUUCUCAUGCAACCAUCGUUUGUUGGAGCUUCGUAUAGUAUGGUUGUACCAUUUAGCUUUGCAAAAAAUCACCUCCUAAGUGUGAGUAAGCAUGCAGAUGUGAUCCUUAAGGUUCAGGGUGAACGGAUUUGGCCUGUUAGGUACUAUUAUAGAAAGUAUACAGGGCGUUCACAAUUCAGAUUCGCCUGGGGUUGGAAAGCCUUUGCAAUAGACAAUGAUUUGAAAGUAGGUGAUGUUUGUGUCUUUGUUAAAAGGCAGAACAUUAAAGGUUGAAGCUUUGAAGAUAGCAAAAGAUUUUAAAUCUAAAGACCCCUUUUUCAUAGAUCCCAUGCAACCAUCAUCUGUUGGAUCUAAAUCCAAGUAUAAUAUGGUAAUUAAUAAGCUUCUUAAUUACAACUUUUAUCUUUCAAAUAUGUUUCUCAUAUUGAUUUUACUCUUGUAUUCAUCUCAUGUCAAGGUUAUACCAUCUUUGUUUGCGAAAAAGUAUCUCUCAGCAUCAGUAGUGGUCCUCAAGAUGUGAUUCUUACGUUUCAGGAUGGAAGGACUUGGUCUGUCAAGUACACUGUCUAUGUCAGACCGCAGGAAUAUCUUCGAUAUUCAGGAUCGAGGGUGGUUGGAAGGCAUUCGUUCAAGACAAU